AUGGACGUCCCUGGAACCUUCCAGAACCUUCCAGAACCUUCCAGAAUCUUCCCAGAACCUUCCAGAACCUCCCAGAGCGACUCCGUCAUCGUCGUGCUCCACAACCCCCUCAUCGCUGGGAAAUUGGGAAUUCCUGAUGGGAACAUCCUCUGGAACCUUCCAGAACCUUCCCAGAACCUUCCCAGAACCAUCCUAGAGCGACUCCGUCAUCGUCGUGCUCCGCAACCCCCUCAUCGCUGGGAAAUAGGGAUGGACAGGACAUCCUUGGAACCUUCCAGAACCUUCAGGAACCACCCCAGCUCCAUCCCUGGAACCUUCCAGAACCUUCAGGAACCUUCCCAGAACCUUCCCAGAGCAAUUCCGUCAUCGUCGUGCUCCGCAACCCCCUCAUCGCUGGGAGGUAGGGAUGGACGUCCCUGGAACCUUCCAGAACCUUCAGGAACCACCCCAGAUCCAUCCCUGGAACCUUCCAGAACCUUCCCAGAACCUUCCAGAACCAUCCCAAAGCGACUCCGUCAUCGUCGUGCUCCGCAACCCCCUCAUCGCUGGGAAAUAGGGAUGGACGUCCCUGGAACCUUCCAGAACCUUCCCAGAACCUUCCGGAACCAUCCCAGAGCGACUCCGUCAUCGUCGUGCUCCGCAAUCCCCUCAUCACUGGGAAGUAGGGAUGGACGUCCCUGGAACCUUCCAGAACCUUCAGGAACCACCCCAGAACCUUCCAGAACCAUCCCAGAGCGACUCCGUCAUCGUCGUGCUCCGCAACCCCCUCAUCGCUGGGAAGUAGAGAUGGACAUCCUUGGAACCUUCCAGAACCGUCAGGAACCACCCCAGCUCCAUCCCUGGAACCUUCCAGAACCUUCCAGAACCUUCCCUGAACCUUCCAGAACCAUCCCAGAGCAACUCCGUCAUCGUCGUGCUCCGCAACCCCCUCAUCGCUGGGAAGUAGGGAUGGACGUCCCUGGAACCUUCCAGAACCUUCAGGAACCUUCCCAGAACCAUCCCUGGAACCUUCCAGAACCACCCCAGAACCUUCCAGAACCUUCCAGAACCAUCCCAGAGCGACUCCGUCAUCGUCGUGCUCCGCAACCCCCUCAUCGCUGGGAAGUAGGGAUGGACAUCCCUGGAACCUUCCAGAACCUUCCAGAACCUUCCGGAACCACCCCAGAUCCAUCCCUGGAACCUUCCAGAACCACCCCAGAACCUUCCAGAACCAUCCCAGAGCGACUCCGUCAUCGUCGUGCUCCGCAACCCGCUCAUCGCUGGGAAAUAGAGAUGGACAUCCAUGGAACCUUCCAGAACCUUCCCAGAUCCCUCAGAACCUUCCAGAACCAUCCCAGAGCGACUCCGUCAUCGUCGUGCUCCGCAACCCCCUCAUCGCUGGGAAGUAGAGAUGGACAUCCCUGGAACCUUCCAGAACCUUCCAGAACCUUCAGGAACCACCCCAGAUCCAUCCCUGGAACCUUCCAGAACCUUCCAGAACCUUCCAGAACCACCCCAGAACCUUCCAGAACCAUCCCAGAGCGACUCCGUCAUCGUCGUGCUCCGCAACCCCCUCAUCGCUGGGAAGUAGAGAUGGACAUCCAUGGAACCUUCCAGAACCUUCCGGAACCAUCCCAGCUCCAUCCCUGGAACCUUCCAGAACCACCCCAGAACCUUCCCAGAACCUUCCAGAACCUUCCAGAACCAUCCCAGAGCGACUCCGUCAUCGUCGUGCUCCACAACCCCCUCAUCGCUGGGAAGUAGGGAUGGACAUCCAUGGAACCUUCCAGAACCUUCCAGAACCUUCCCAGAACCUUCCAGAACCCUCCCAGAGCGACUCCGUCAUCGUCGUGCUCCGCAACCCCCUCAUCGCUGGGAAGUAGAGAUGGACGUCCCUGGAACCUUCCA